CGUGUCGUCCUGCGGUGAGAAGCAGGACGCCCUUGGUCGGGUGCUGUGCGCUACCCGACUGCUUUUGCUCAAGGCACCCCUGACAUGGAAACCCCAUUGCAGCUGCAGAACGACUUGUUUCCAGCAGAGCGCCACUUCCAGCAGCAUUGUAAGUACCAGCAGCACUACGGCAAGCCGCACGAGCACUGCACCUGCAAUAGCUGCACCUGUGACGCCAGAAAAAGCCUCGUUUUUCGCGGGACAUCGCCGACCACUGUUGGAACUUUACUGAGGACGCCUUCAGAGACGUCCUCGAGACAAGGCGGCCAGUAUAGCGCGUGUGAGUUCACCCCUUCCAGUCAUGGUAGUUCAUUCAGACACCACCAUCCCCAGCACCAGCAUCUCCUCCAGCAGCAGCAGCAGCAGCAGCGGGGCAGCCUGGGCAGUAGCCACAAAGACACCAACUCCUACAAUGACAUCGCUAUGAGCAGCUGCAGAUAUAACGGCGGCGUGAUGCGGCCGCUGAGCAACUUGAGCUCGUCCCGUAGAAACAUACACGAGUUUGAUUCCGAGUCGCAGCCUCUGCAGCCCAUCUCAGCUGCAGAUGCGUCGGACACUUUGGGAUCUAAGCCGGAGAACAAUUCGAGCACUCUGAUGCCGUACGGAGCGGGGGACGGUGGGGGAGGCUGCGGCCACAGCAGUGGCAAAUCGGGCAAAAAGAAGAACCAAAACAUUGGAGAAAAGCUUGGACAUAGGAGGGCCUUGUUUGAAAAAAGAAAACGACUCAGCGAUUAUGCUUUAAUCUUUGGAAUGUUUGGAAUCGUAGUUAUGGUAAUAGAGACUGAACUCUCGUGGGGAGCCUAUGGAAAGGAGUCCCUGUAUUCGUUAGCUCUAAAAUGCCUGAUAAGCCUUUCUACAAUCAUUCUCCUGGGGUUGAUUAUCAUAUACCACGCCAGGGAGAUACAGUUAUUCAUGGUGGACAAUGCAGCGGAUGACUGGAGAAUAGCCAUGACCUAUGAGCGCAUUUUCUUCAUCUGUCUGGAGAUCCUGGUGUGCGCCAUCCACCCCAUCCCAGGGAAUUACACCUUCACCUGGACUGCACGCCUGGCCUACUCUUAUGUGCCAUCCAAGACUGAUGCUGAUGUGGACAUUAUCCUAUCUAUACCCAUGUUCCUCCGCCUGUACCUCAUCGCCCGUGUUAUGUUGUUGCACAGUAAGCUCUUCACAGACGCCUCUUCACGAAGCAUUGGUGCCCUCAACAAGAUCAACUUUAACACACGCUUUGUGAUGAAGACCCUCAUGACCAUCUGUCCUGGGACGGUGCUGCUAGUCUUCACCAUUUCACUCUGGAUCAUUGCUGCCUGGACUGUCCGAGCCUGCGAGAGGUACCAUGACAACCAGGACAUAACCAGCAACUUUCUAGGAGCCAUGUGGUUGAUCUCAAUCACAUUUCUUACCAUUGGAUAUGGAGACAUGGUCCCAAACACUUACUGUGGGAAAGGAGUCUGCCUCAUAACAGGCAUUAUGGGGGCUGGCUGCACUGCUCUUGUGGUGGCUGUUGUAGCAAAAAAACUGGAACUAACCAAAGCUGAAAAACAUGUCCACAAUUUUAUGAUGGACACCCAGCUAACAAAAAGAGUGAAAAACACAGCUGCGAAUGUUCUCAGGGAGACGUGGCUCAUCUACAAAAACACCAAACUAGUGAGGAAGAUGGACCACGCCAAAGUCAGGAAGCACCAGAGGAAGUUUCUCCAAGCCAUUCACCAAGCGCGGAAAUUGAGAAGUGUUAAAAUGGAGCAACGCAAGCUGAAUGACCAGGCAAACUCACUAGUGGACCUUGCAAAGACUCAGAACAUCAUGUAUGACAUGAUUUCGGACUUGAAUGAGCGAGGAGAGGACAUGGACAAGAGGAUUGGGUUGCUGGAGACCAAACUGGAGACUCUUCUGAGUAACCUGCAGGCCCUACCUGCACUCAUCAGCCAGGUGAUCAGCCAGCAGCACAGAGACUUUCUGGAGGUGCAGCUGCAGCCGUACGACAAACACAGCCCUGAGCGUUCACAGUCUGUGUCCCGGCGGCGCUCCUCCUCCACAGCACCACCCACAUCCUCUGAGAGCAGCUAGAGUCCAAGGGUCUUCCGCUCCAGACUUUUGCCAUCAUAUGGCCAAGUUGCAUUUAUUGUAAAGCCGUAUGGUUUCAAUAAGUAUUAUCCAAAUUCUGAUGACAGAAUCCAAGAUACUGCUACAAUAUGUUUCAACAGAUAACUCCAUGCUGUUAUUUGUUUUUAUUACCUCAAAAUUCUUAAUAUCCUUGCUCUGGUGACAUGACCACAAAGCGCUUCCCUCAGUUAACUCUUAUCGAUGAGGCUGUGAGAAGAACUCUACCCACUUCUAUGCAGCAGUAGCCAGUUUUAAGUGGCAAGGUUACCACAUGUGAAACUAUUGCACUAAACUAGUGCUUCUCAGACAUUUGUGCUUCCACUGGCUUGAUUCAGUUGCAGUGUUCCUUUGAAGAAAUGGAAAAACCUAAAGAUUGGAGUCAGAUGGCAUGACAAAUUUUGAGGUCAGAUGUUGGACUGAAGUGACAGGAGUUUAAGGCAGUCCUUUCACACUGUCACUCACACUAAACUGAGGAAAAGUAUAUAUCUUUUAGGUUAGGAACAGCAUCAAAUAAAGGAGUUUUCUGUUACAGAGUGCCCUGAAGAAUGACUAUUUUGGGGGCAAUACUGCAAAUAAAUUAAUCCUUUAGUCAAGAUGAAUGCAUCGAAACCUGUACUUGCACUUACUUUUUAAUCAAUGCACUUCAAUGCUGACUGAUAUAAAUGUGUUGCUCAUUAAAACAAAAUUUGA